CAUCAUCAAACGCGACUUUGGCUCCAUAUCUCCCAAUUCAGUUCUAGGUAUUUGAUUUCGUGACUUCAAUUUAGAUUGGCUCCUAUUCCCGGCAGCUUUCCUCCUCUUUCGUUGCUGCUCCGAAACCUCUCUUCUCCGAGACUCUUCCACUCUUCUUUCGUUCUCCUCGGUCAUCUUAUCCAGCUCUUCUCUUUCUCCUAGCUUCCUUUUCUUUUUCAAGUCCAGCAGCAACCUUCUCAAUUAGUUUCAGAGUUCAAGCUCUCCUCAACGCCUUAUCCUAUCAAAGAUGGGGAAGAAACAACAUAGUAAGGAUCGUAUGUUCAUUACAAAGACAGAAUGGGCAACUGAAUGGGGUGGUGCUAAAUCUAAGGAACUUACUACUCCAUUCAAGCGUCUUCCUUUCUAUUGUUGUGCGCUUACAUUCACGCCGUUUGAGUUUGCAGUUUGUACAAGUGAUGGCAGUGUUUUCAACUUAAUGCAUAUUAUUCCUUACAUUAAGAAACAUGGAAAACAUCCGGUUACUGGUGCUCGCCUUACCCAGGAAGAUCUCAUCCCACUUACUUUUCACAAGAAUUCUGAAGGAGAAUACCAUUGCCCAGUUUUGAAUAAAGUCUUUACCGAGUUUACACACAUAGUUGCUGUGAAGACCACCGGGAACGUGUUCUGUUAUGAGGCCAUUAAAGAACUGAAUAUAAAAACUAAAAACUGGAAGGAGCUUCUCACAGAUGAACCAUUUACUAGGAAUGACUUGAUUACAAUUCAGAACCCAAAUGCACUAGACAGCAAGGUCCUUGUGGAAUUUGAUCACGUAAAGAACAAUCUGAAACUCGACGAUGAAGAAUUGAGGAAAAUGAGUGAAGAUCCUACGUAUAACAUAAAUGCCUCAGGAGAUAUUAAGCAAAUGUUGAAGGAACUUGGAACCGAGAAGGGCAGGGAAGCUGCAUUGCUUGGAGGAGGUGGUAGCAAAGCACAGAAUGAAAGAGCUGCAGUUCUCGCUGAUAUCUUGUUAGCAAGGUCUCGCAUCAAAGAGAAGGAAGGUUCUAAAUCAAGCACUAAUGGAGAUGGAACCCCGGCUUACAGUAUCGUUGAUGCCGCAUCUGCUUCUGUUCAUGGAAGAAGUGCAGCAGCAGCCAGAGCUACAUCAGAUGAUAAGACUGCUGCGCGAAUAGCUAUGCACAAGGCUGGUGAGCGAGCCCCUGUUAAUGCGAAAAUGGUAAAAAGUCGCUACACUACAGGUGCUGCUUCACGAUCUUUCACAUCGACCUCUUACGAUCCUGUUACCACAAAUGAAUUUGAAUACAUAAAAGUUGAGAAGAAUCCUAAAAAGAAAGGCUAUGUUCAACUUCAUACAACACAUGGGGACUUGAACAUCGAGUUGCACUGUGAUAUAGCUCCCAGGGCGUGUGAGAACUUCGUAACGCUCUGCGAACGUGGCUACUAUGAUGGAACAAUUUUCCAUCGGAGCAUAAGGAAUUUUAUGAUUCAAGGCGGUGACCCUACUGGGACCGGAAAAGGAGGUGAAUCCAUUUGGGGGAAACCUUUUGCUGAUGAGGUUAACUCGAAAUUGCUUCACUCAGGCAGGGGCGUUGUCAGCAUGGCAAACAGCGGCCCUCAUACUAAUGGCUCCCAAUUUUUUAUACUGUACAAGUCAGCAAAUCAUCUAAACUAUAAGCAUACUGUUUUUGGUGAAGUUGUGGGUGGGUUGACUGCCCUUUCGAUGAUGGAGAAGGUUCCUGUUGAUGACAGUGACAGACCUUUGGAAGAAAUAAAAAUUAAAAGUGUUUCCAUAUUCGUCAAUCCGUAUCUAGAACCUGAUGAGGAGGAAGAAGAUAAAAACAAAGAAGACAAAGAAACUGUCGAUGAAGACAAUGAUAAGGUGGGGUCUUGGUAUAGCAAUCCAGGUACUGGAUCAACAGAAACUGCAGCAGCUUCGGGUGGUGGCGGAGUGGGUAAGUAUUUGAAAACUGCAAGGAGUAGUGCUGAAGCUGCUGCUGUUGUUACUGAUAUGGGCUUAGAUGCAAAUGUUAGCACCAAGAAAAGGAAAGUAGGUGUAUCCAAUGUCGAAUUUAAGAACUUCUCAUCCUGGUAAGAGUUCCUUCAACUGUCACCACUUUGUACACCACCAGGCGCCAGCAAUGAAGUUUGCUUGAGAGGGAGAGUUGGAAGUAUCUGUUUCCUCUCUUGUGCCUUCUCAUUUUACAUCUUAUUGUAUGUGUAAUGCUAUCUGUAAAUACGCCCGACAUUUUGGAGAGGUUAGAUUUCUAGUUCGCAGGAGUAUUAAAUUGUUAUUUUUGAUGAGAAAAGGCAAAGUUAGAGUCACAAAAAAUGGGAACAAUAAUCAAUUUCUGCAGAUAAUAGCAUCCCAUACUUGAU